AUGAAAUGGCUCAAUAACAACAAUUUUGAUGCAGGCCUUCAGAAACCUGAGUCCUUACCCAACUCAACUUCUGCACGCUUAAGAUUGGAAUCGAAAGGUGAUGAGGAGGAAGGGCUUGAAGAAACGAACCAUGAAAAUGAUCCGGAUGCGCCUAUCAUCAACCGAAAAUUCAAUGCUCCACCUCCACUCAGGAUUGAGUUAAUCCCGCUGGCUGAACAACUAGCUCUGACAAUCAAUGAUCAUCAUAAAACGGUGAUGGGCAAGGCUGAUUGCCUAAGGUCAUCAAAUUAUGUUGACGAAGACGAUAUCAGGCGCAUCUUGGAUAGGAUAUACACCAUUGAGACUGAUAAAGAUGUGUAUAACAUACUUGGUUGUGAUAUCCUAGCGGGCGGGGUGGCAAAGUUAUUCAAUUCAAUUCAGGAAUGGAAGACAGGCACGAUAGGAUCUCAAGCGAUCUCUCAGAUGCGCGCGAGGGAAGCCGCGACUCGAUUGGAGCAGGGUAGGACUCUGGCUAGACUGCAAAAACAACAAGCAGAAAGAGUAGAACGCGAGUCGAAGAUGAAGGAGGCUCGCAUUCUAACUGACCAGAAAAGAAAAAAAAACAAAGAAGAUAGUCUUGCGGAGAAGGAAGCAAAGAAGCAACGAAAAGAGCAAAGUAAUGAAAAGAAGAAGAUGGCAGCUAAGCUUAAGGACGAACAAGAAACCCGGCGGAUUGUGAACGCGCGGAUGAUUGCCGGUCUAUCAGCAGGAAAAACAAUGAGGGAGGUUGAAGCUGAUGAAGAAAUGAUUAGGUCACAGCAAAGUGGCCUAGAUAACGCUACACAAGGCUCUUGA